CAGGAAAGUAGUAUCAUGAGGUCCAUGCGUAAAAUCCAGAAAGGUUGCGUGUGUACCGGUAUCUUGUCCUUGUAAUCCUAUUAUUGGCUUUAUUAGACAUCAAGAUGUGGUUUGAUGAAGCCGGAGAAGUCCUAGAAAUGUUUAGGAGCAGUUUCCCGCUUUCAUUUCUGUUUUUUGUACCAAUUUUAAUCAUUUUAUCACCUGUAAGUCCAGCGAAUGCAGCACAGGAAUUUUCGGUGUUCAGGAUGCAGCAGUACGAUCUACAGGGAGUUUCCUACGGAAGCAAAAAUUCUCUGAUCAACAUGGAAGCCCGUCCCAUUGAUGCCAAGAUGUUAACCCGACGCUGUGUGGUUGCACGUUUGCGUGAAGUCACUAUGCCAAAGUUCCGUGACCUGCUCACACAAAAUGCUGGGGGGUUGGUCAUACUUUUGCCUGAAGAUUUUAACUCUCUCACUGAAGAAGAGAAAGUGCAUCUGAAGGGUUUAGAAAGGGACUUGUUAUCAGAGGAAACAGUCCUUCCUGUGUACUUUGCGUACGAGACGCCUGGACUAGGGGAAAUAUAUGAUGACAUCAGGCGUGGGAACUCAGGGGAUCAGGCUCCAACUGCAUGGGAAGCGCUGCUUGGAGCAGCUACAGCAAAUGGUUUCCAGAUGUCUGUCACUGGAGCACAGUCCAAGUCCUUGCCGGAUUUCCAGGUCACUAACAUACAGGGGCGUUUGUCAGGGAAGGGCAUUGAGGAGCAGCUGCCCACUGUGGUCAUUGUCGCACAUUAUGAUGCAACUGGCGUGGCGCCGGCUUUAGCCUUUGGAGCUGACUCCAAUGGAAGUGGAGUGAUAGCGUUGAUGGAGCUGGCAAGACUGUUUGCAAAGCUGUACACCAACUCCAGAACACAUGCCAAAUACAACCUUGUGUUUCUUCUGUCUGGUGGAGGCAAGUUUAACUACCAGGGGACCAAGAAGUGGAUAGAAGACAAUAUGGAGGCUGCAGAUGGCAACCUGCUGGUGGAUGUGGCGUAUGUGAUGUGCCUAGAUACUAUUGGGAAUGGAGACACUCUCAACCUCCAUGUGUCCAAACCUCCACGGGAGGACAGUUCAGGUGCAUCAUUCUUAGAGAACUUGGAGGAGGUGACAAAGACACACUUCCCUGAUGUUCAGUUCAAGAUGGUCCACAAGAAGAUCAACCUGGCUGAUGAGAUGUUGGCCUGGGAACAUGAGCGCUUCAGCAUCAAGCGUCUUCCAGCCUUCACAUUGUCCCGCUUGGACACAUACAAGACAUCAGACAGGGGAACAGUAUUAGACACUAGAGGAAGUAUCGAUGUCGCCCGUCUUGGCCUCAACAUCCAAGUCAUCGCAGAAGGCCUGGCCCGCCACAUCUACAACCUGUCAGGCCAGGGACACUUCAAGCUGUUCACAGAAGGACUGAAUGUCCAGGAGAGUGUCCAUGCUGCCUGGAUGGACUUCUUGACCAACCAGUCUCGUGCUGCGCAGCUUCUGGCCAAAGACAGUCCAGUCCUGGCCACGUUGGAAGAGACGUUCACCAGGUACCUGAAGGACGUCAAGAAGACCCUCGUCAAGGCAGACAAGAGAGAUCCGGAGUUUCUCUUCUACAAUGGUGCUGUAUAUUCUAUGAAUGCUUACAAUGUGAAACCAGCAGUAUUUGACCUGUUCCUGGCUGGAGCCAUCGGGUCCUACCUCGCAGUUGUCUACAUCUUUGCUCAGAACUUUUACCGUGUGUACCAGAUGUUGAGACAGUAUAUCGGAAACUCCAAAGUAAAGGCUAGCUAAACCUGGCUUGUUUCAGAUAAUCAUGUCUGGAGACUCGGUCUGCCCAGUGAUGAAGUCAGCACCACAACCUCUCUCUCAUCCACAUACGUCAUCUCCAUGGCAAGAACAUUGUGUACAAAUUUUGAUGUUAUAAUAAGGGAGCAUUUGGUGUUGUUGACUAACACCAUUUGUCUAACCUUUCCAAUAAUCAUUUCAAUCUCUUCCUAAUCAGAGCUCAAGUAUGCAAAGGCAAGGUGUUUAUUGACCAAGUUAAGAACUGGGGGAUUCGGAGUGAUUUGUAAGAUGCAGGACAUGAACCCUACUAUGCUUUAAUCACAGAUAACAAACUCAUUGAGUUUUGCAUUUUCAUUUCCAGUGUUAUACAUUCGAACAAACAAAUAUACCAUUGUAAUCAUUGUGCGUGUAUGGAUUGUUUUACCCCGCCCGGAGUGUCCCAUCUUCAUUUAUCACAGCAUUCCAUAUUUCCGCAUGAGUUACUUCCCCUUGUAAACUUCCUCAAAGAGUGGAUCAGCACUUGUAUGGCUUUUCAAAUUGAAAGAUGUGUUGAACACAAAUGUAGCAAACUCAUAGAACUUACAAAUAGUAAGAAGAAAGGACAAGUUAUGAUAGGGCUGUUUUGUAGCCCACAGAAAAGUUGGAAAGUCUGGAAAAAUUGUUAUGUAAUGUAUUGCAAAUGUUCAACUGUUCUAACAUUGAUAAUCCUUGAUACUUUUCUAUGAGCAUCUGUGGCCCAAGAUGAACUGUUCACAAAAUAACAGUCAUUGUUGUCUACAGACUUUAAGACAUCAGCUUUUGUAAUUGAUAUCAGCUUAUCAUACCUCCUCCUUUGUCUUGGGUUAAAUUCCUUCUUUUAAGUAUCAUAACUCUUAAAAUAAGAAGUAAUUACAUAAUUUUAUGAUGUAAUGUUUGAAAACUUAAGUUAGUAGUUGGUUUUCAUGCAAAGUAACUUGGAAUAUACAACUCUGUUUUGCUCUGAAGUCUACAUUAAUCUAGUGACAUGAGUAUACAAUACUAUACAUGGUAUAUGUAAGUAUCAGUAAUUAAGAUUUGUCUGUUGUGCAGGGUAAGGAUCUAUUUGAUAAGAUGGUUCCAAAGUCAUAUUGAAAAGGCAUUAUUAUGUAUAUGUCUGAUCUUGAUGUGCCAUACUCCUCCUUCCUGGCCGAUGUAAUGCUAGUGCAGACCUGGCCUCAGGUCAUGCAGGGUACACUAGGUUGAUUACUUGGAAAGCCAGAAUACAACUUGACAUUACAUGACUAGGUCAGGUGGUAAACAUCCUGGGGUUAGUCAUCUUGCAUUUAUACAUAUCUAUUGUUGUUAAGUAGAAAUUUAAUAUAAUUUAUGCAAUCAUCAUUUUCUCUAGAAAUCCAAAGAUCAAGGAUGUGUAAUUUAUAGAGAAAUCAUGAGUGUAAAUAGCGUAGUGAUGUAUGUUUAUUAUUAUUAUCAUUAUUAUUAUUAUUAUUAUCCAGAUGCAAUAUUAAACCAUGUGGAGUUAUGUUUUGUAUAUUGAGAAUGUUGAUCUCUUGAUACCAGCAUGGAGCCGAUAACUCCACUACAGCUUCUACUACCAGAGGAGGUUUUCUACAUCUCUAAACUAUUUGUAAUAAAGUUUUAGCAAAAUCAUAA